AUGGGAGCUGUACGUGAUGCUGUAGCAUCGGCAAAUGCUCUGGGGUCUCCAACCGAUGUGCUUCCUGCUGCAGCAGAUGGAGCAGAAGCAGCAGCAGCAGGCAGCAGCGGAGGCGAAGGAGGAGAGCAGCAGACAGCGGGAGGGCUCAACCCAACUCAUGUUGCUUCCCUCGUCCUUAUCAUACUCGCUGUCCUCUUUUCUGCAUUCAGAACAACUGCAGCAGCAAUUGCUGCAGCAGCAGCCGCUGCUGCAGCACCGGAGGCGGCGGCUGCAACCGUAGGGCAGCAGCAGCGACGGCUGCAGCAGCAGCAGCAGCGACGGCUGCAGCAGCAGCAGCAGCAGAGAGGGCAGCAGCAGCAACAGCAGCAGCAGCAACAACAGCAACAGCAACAGCAACAGCAGCAGCAGCAGCAUGCUGUGCCUUGGGUGGAGUUCGCUGCUGCAAGUUUGAGGGCUGACAGACCCGCGCGGAAGUAUAAUGGCGUUUAUAUAUCUUGCGUGUACGUACACCUCGUUUGUCGCCUCGAACACUGA